AUAACCUCUCUCUAGUCUAGUCCACAAACCUUUUGAACUGGACUCGCAGAAAACCAGAAGACUGAUCACUGUAUCUGAUCUCAGACCGAGAUAAAACAAAACAUAGAGAGAUAUGUCUGUUUCUCUGAGUAACACUUGUCUUCCACUACGCACAGAUUCAGUUCCACAAAAACCUCUAGUUCUCAAUGGAGUUGUCCGUUUUCAUUUACAAAGAUCAUCUCAUGUUUCCUCAUACCGUUUCGGUUUCAACUCAAACCCAUUCUUCAGAACUCAUACCCCAAGAUUCUCCAAGUGUUCGCCUCAGAGAGUGUCCGAUAAACGCAGAGAAACACAAGUAACUACUGAACAAGAGGAAGAAGAAGAGGUUGUCGAGUUUCAGAGGCUAUUCUCUAACCUUAACCGAUCAACACUAAAGCGAGAAUCCGGAAGCUUGUCCAGUGCUAUCUUCUUGGUUGCUGGCACUACAGUAGGUGCAGGGAUACUAGCUAUUCCAGCUGUCACACAAGAAUCAGGUUUCUUGGCCUCUGCAGUCGCUUGCAUUCUCUGUUGGGCGUUCAUGGUUGUCACAGGUUUGCUUGUUGCUGAAGUGAAUGUCAACACCAUGUCUGAGCUAGGCUCUGGAGGCGUAUCUCUCGUAUGUUCCCUCUCAGACCGACACUUCUUAGUGAUGUCCUGCUUUGACUUCUUGGUGCUAUUUUUGGCAGGUCUCGAUGGCGAAGAGGACUCUUGGAUCUUUUGGAGUUCAAGUUGCAUCUUGGUCCUACAUUCUCAUACAUUACACCCUCCUCGUGGCCUACAUUGCUCGGUCUUCAGGCAUCCUUACAAACUUCCUCGGCAUUCCAAUAUGGGAGAGUGCAACUCUUUUCUCACUUGUUCUUGGAGGCAUAUGCUUCUUUGGAAGCCAGAGAUUCAUAGGUGCAACCAAUGGAGUUCUGGUGUUUGGACUAAUUGCAUCUUUUGCAGCACUCGUGUAGCGAGUGGAGACUUGCACUGGGAAGCUCUUCUCAAGGCCAACUUUGAAGCUGUUCCUAUGAGUAUACCCAUCAUUGCCCUCUCUUUUGUUUACCAGAAUGUGGUGCCGGUUCUCUGCACAGAUCUUGAAGGUGACUUGCCGAAAGUAAGAACCGCGAUUGUUCUUGGCACAGCCAUACCACUUGGCUUGUUUCUUGUGUGGAACGCUGUGAUUCUUGGAUCGUUUCCAGAUACUGGUGUGUCAGCUGAGAGGAUGAUCGAUCCUCUGCAGCAGUUGAGAUCAACCAGUGUCACCGUUGGUCCUUUUGUGGAAGCUUUCUCUCUAAUAGCAAUCGCAACUUCUUAUAUAGGAUUUGUCUUAGGCCUCACUGACUUCUUCUCUGAUUUACUGAAGCUCCAGACCAGACAGAACAAGCCUUUUCUUUACCUUCUUACACUGGUUCCACCGCUUGUCCUCUCCCUACUGGACCCAGAGAUUUUCUUCAAAGCUUUAGAUUUUGCUGGGACAUAUGGAGUUCUGGUGUUGUUUGGAAUCCUACCAGCUGCAAUGUCUUGGUCAGAUAGGUACGUGGUCUCAUCAUCAACAGCGACACAACUCGUACCAGGAGGAAAAGUAACGCUUUCUCUUGUCAUGGGAGCUGCAGGAUACGUGAUUGUUUCUGAAAUUAUAGAGAACUUUUCAAAGUACUUGAGUGUUUCUUAACAUAAUGUAAAGGGAUAAUAAGCAUUGAUAGCAUGUAACAUAGGUCUUGCAACUA